UAAGUAUGUUUAAUGCCAUUUACUUUAAAAUGCUGGAAGAAGAUAAACAUAAUAAUCCAUUAUAUAAAUUUAUAGGAAUACAAUUAAUAAACAUAAUUACAUAAAACAUAAAACAAAAGACACUCCCUUGACAUUUAUGUUCUGUAUUUGAGGGGGAUAUUUGCUUGAGUUUUAACUUCAAAUAACUGAGUUAGGCUCUCAAUUUUAGCUUCCUUGUAAUGUUUUUAUAUAUAAUCAAGGAUGAUGCACAAGCCCCCCACUAGAAACUUUGUUUCUUGCGCGAACAAGUUUACUUUGAAAAUUUGAGACUGCGUGUCUGAAGUUAUGCAUCCUUAGUUAUUUUGAUAGUUAAUAAUGCUGAAUGUUAUUGUUGUGCACAGAUGUGUGCACAAGCAAUAUAUUGUGGGCCUGCAACAAAGUUUUCAGUCUAGCGCUAAGCCUGCAAUAUUCUGUUGCUAUUCGAGAUUCAUUCAUCUUCGCUCAUACUCAAUAAAUGCUAAAAAAAUUUUAGUUCACUUAAUUUCCAUGUAAUUUUUUCCAUUUACAAAUUCUUAUUUUUUGCAUUCAAUAAUACACCACCAUAUCAUAAGUAUUGCACCACCUCGAAGAUGGUGAAUUGAAUUAUUGAGAGCUAUUGUUAUGCAAAUUAUUUGUGUUUUUAAGUGGGGAAUAGAAAUGGAUCAGAAGUAAAACAACCACCAAUAAAAACUUCAAUUAUUAGAUUACAAAUUUGAAUCUAAAAUAAUCGAAUUACAAAAUUGGAAAUUUCAAAUUUGAAUACACAAACAGGCACCGAUUUCUUGAAAGGGUUGUAUAUAAUUGAGCAAUGUAUUAAUGUGGAAUUCUGUGUAAGACCUGAUAACCUUUUCAAUAAACAAUUCUCUGGUUUGUUAGAGCCAUUUUGGUUUUCCUGCAAAGCAAAAUAUUUUCAAUAAUCUUAGAAUUUGGACUUGAAGCUAUAUUGGAAAAACUUUAAUUCUUCUUGGCUGGAAAUAAACCUGUGUUGGUUUCUUUCUAUGCAGGAAUGGAACAUUAUGAGCAUCAGAAAUAAACAGUUUCAAUAGCAGCUUGUUCAAGACUGCACUACUCAUCUUGCACGAUGUUUCCUGCCAGUUUUAGCUAUUUGUGAAAGGUUGUUUGGAUGUUUUUGGUGGUAACCCAUUAGAAAGUUUUGAAUGGAUGAUGAAACCAAUACCCAACCAGCUAGUGGAAAAGUCAAAAUGAAACAGGAAGUUGAUACAAGCCAUGUGCCUGGAGAAGGUGAAAAUACCGCUCCUCUGGGCCUUGAUGCAAUACCACAAGGAAGCCAAGUUGUAAAGUCAAGCGAGCAAGAAGUCAUCAAUAUGCUGUUAGCACAACAUGGAAUCAUAGCAAACUCUGGUUCUUUAGAUGUAACAGCAUUCAAUACCCAUCACAGUCCUACUCUCAGAACAUCAAGUGUUGUGUCUGAAAACAGUGAUGAAACAGAUGCAAAGGAGAUUGUGCUGCCAACCAUGGUAGGGCAACCAGGAAAUGAUGAAAAUAUUAACACAACACAAGAAGUUGCAGAAUGCGUACAGGCAGCUGAGCUUACUCAAACAACAGAGCAAGUCGAAACUGGAAAUGCGUAUCUGUCUUCCCUCAAUGCAUCGGAUAUUGUGACGACAUUUGUGACAGACGAUGGCCAGGGUGGGCACAUCAUCAUUUCCGGUGGCGCAGAAUACCAAGAUAGCGGCGUAGUGACAAUGACCGGACAACAGGUAGCCAGAGUAACUGAAGGCCAGUUGAUGACUAUUGCUAGUGGCGAGAAUGUACCAGUUUCAAUUGCAGCUUUGGAUUCCUUCAGCACAGAUCAUGUCCGCAUUGCUCCUUGUAGCGAAGGAGACGAUGGAGCAACAACAACAUCGUAUUAUGUUCUUGAUGAUCAUGUUGCCAUGGUGGAUGGGCAGAAUCAGAUUGAUACCAGUGAUCAGGAGGUAUCAAAGAAAGUGUACCAAUGCACCAUGGAAGGGUGUGGCAAACAAUUCUCGACCCCAUAUCGCCUCAAGGCACAUGGCAGGUCUCACACGGGGCAGACAUUCACUUGUGAGGAGGACGGUUGUCACAAGACAUUUAUAACAAAUAGUGAUUUAAACAAACAUUCAAGAACACACACGGGAAACAAACCUUUUUAUUGUGAUUUCGAAGGAUGCGGGAAAGUCUACUCAACUGCCCAUCACCUUAAGGUUCAUAAAAGGUCUCACACGGGUGACAAACCAUUUAUUUGCAAAUGGGAAACGUGCGGAAAGUCAUUCAGUACCGGUUACGGAUUGAAAAGCCAUUUCCGGACACACACCGGAGAAAGACCGUACAAGUGUCCGGAAGAUGCGUGCGAUAAAGCAUUCAAAACGUCCGGAGAUUUGCAAAAGCACGUGAGAACGCACACAGGCGAACGACCCUUCAAAUGCCCGUACGAAGGUUGCGAGCGAUCAUUUACGACGUCAAAUAUUCGAAAAGUCCAUCUGCGUACACACACUGGCGAACGACCUUACGUCUGCGAAAUCGAAGGCUGUAACCGAUCUUUCGCCAGCGCAACCAAUUACAAAAACCACUCAAGAAUACACACAGGUGAACGUCCAUACGCUUGUGAAGUGCCAGGCUGUAACAAAUCAUUUACAGAAUACUCGAGUCUCUACAAGCACAACGUUGUUCACACUCAGCAAAAACCGUACAUCUGUAACAUAUGCCAUAAAACAUACAGACAAACGUCAACAUUGGCUAUGCAUAAAAGGACAGUGCACGGUACAUCAGAAGAUGGCCUAAAUGAAAACGAAGGCCUUGAAGAAGGUGAAAGCGGUGCUGAAAGACCGCCGGCUUCUAAAAGGCAGAAAAUAUCAUUUGAAUCGAGUAAUUCGCUUGCCACUGCGAUGGUGCAAGGUCUGCCAGUAUUACUAAAUGACGAGACCACAAUGUCAGCAUUGCAGUCACAUUAUGCAGAGCUGGCUGCGCAGCAACAACUUGCUGAGGGUUCUGCAUUGUCAGGCGCCAUCGCAAUUCCCAUUCAGGUUACGAUGAACCCAGAUGGAACCAUAGCUGGCGCCCACGGCAUCAACCUCACAGACAACAAUGGUCGCCUCAUCCCAGUCUCUCUUUCACUUUCAUUACCUAUAUCAUCAUUCGCUAAUUCCAUGGCAACAUCAAAUUCGAAUGAUUCCAUUGCGACCUCGGAGGCUGCUGCUGCCGCCAGCGCAGUUCACGAAAUAUUCUCAAACCAGCCCAGCGAAACGACAAUGGAUGUGCAGCUGAGUACAGGUCAAGUUAUCACAGAGCCGAUCGAAAAUCCAGAUUUGAUCAAUAAAGAUCAUGCGGACGCCAAAGAUGACGAGACGGAGGGGCUAGGCGGACAAAUCUUGAUAACGGCCGUAUCGGACACUCAUGUUUUAAUGAGCGCGGAUUCAGAUGCCACUUCAGUUAGAAUCGCGCCACGUGACUAUUCAACGAACGAUUCCAGUUUAGAAAACAAAGAUGACGCCAUUGCAACAGUAGGUUCCGAUGCCUCCGCAGGCUCAGUGUCAAUGAUGAUUGGAGAGGAAUCUGAGCAGGAGCAUGAAGAGGGUGACGUCACAGACAGGUACUUAAUUAAAGAAAUUGAUGUAAAGGACAAGUCGGAAGUAAAAUCGAGUCAGCAUGUCUUGCAAUGAAGUAUGUUUGUUUAAUCUUUGUAUCUGAUAAGGUAAACAUGUGUAUAGAAAGUAUAUAAAUAUUUGAUAUUCGUAUUUUAUAGAAAAGCUGAACUAGUUAUAUUUGAAAAAGUUGCUAUGUUGUGUGUCAAAGCUUUUCUAUUAUUUGACACGAAAGAAAAGUGGCGUUUUAAAUAUGCACUCCUUACCAAGAUUGACGCAGAGGUGACACGAAGAUACCGCUCUGUUUCAUAUUUGAUAUGUAGGGGGAAACAGUUUUUUUCAGCAGAUUCUGGGUUUUUAUAUUCAAGCACCCCCAGCCCCUCUACUCGUUUGAAGCACUAGUGCUGUUUUCAAGCCAUUUCGGUCAGUUCGUCAUUUCACGGGGAUUUUCGUUUCUAGGUAUACACUGUAGUAUUCUUUAAUUAUUUUAGUUAGGCCAGACUUUCCGAAAUUUGCCACAAGUAUCACAGUAUAAUAAAACACGUGCUCUCAGAUAUCGCUGUUAUAAUGGAAAAAGGAAAGACAUUUUCAUAAACCCCAUAAUACUGCCAAAUAGCUUUUGUGGCGGUAUCUCAGUUCUUGCUCGUUUUAAUUUUGAUAACGUGUACAUUAACUGCUUCAUAAGUUGGCUACAAUGCAUAGCAAAUUAACCAGAUAAUGUGGUGAAAUAAGUACUGUAAAUUCAGUUGGAGAAUUGCUUUGAGUGAA